AUGCCCAGACCACCAGAGACACCAGAUGUCAGAGCAUCAAAAGCAUUAGCCUAUAUACUAAGACAUGGAGCUGAGAAAGAAGGUUUACAUAUCAGGUCGGAUGGUUAUGUAAAACUUGAUCAUGUUUUGGAAAGACCCAAAUUGAGAGAAGUAGACUUAUCAAUGGUACUGAGAUUAGUAGCUGAAAACGCUAAACAAAGAUUCCAAUUGUUUUACGGAUAUGAUCCAAGUCCACCUAUACCGAAAAAGAAAAAAGGUCAUCAACAACCUAAAAAGAAGAAGCAACCGUUAUCCUCUUCAGUCAGUCGAAAUAGAAAUGGAACAGGUGAUUCCAAAAUAGCAGAAGGUGACAUACGAAGUGGUGAUAUUGAAAGUGGAAAUGGAAGUGGAAGUGGAAGUGGACCUAUUGAAAUCAGAUCAGAACAAAGUGCUUCUUCUCAAGGUAUCGAUGCGGCUCAAAUUGAUAAUAUACAAUCAUCACUGUCUAAAACUACGAUAGUAGAUGAUAAACCGAUUGAAUUACCUUUAAUAUCCCUUCCUAUGCCAUCAACUACGGACUCAUCGAAUCCCUCGUGUAGUGAAGAAGGUGAAACGUCAACGACAACAUCAGCAUCGAAGAAAGGAGAAUACUUCAUACGUGCGACUCAAGGUCAUUCGAUAAAUCUUGAAGGUACUUCCCAUCUGGAUUUGUUAAAAGAUGAUCAACAAGGUAGAACUAAAGCCGGAACAAUGGUUCAUGGUACCAAGUGGGAGUUAUGGGAUGUAUUGGAAUCCCAAGGUCUGUCUACGAUGUCAAGACAACAUAUACACUUAGCCCCAUCCCACGUCGGUACAAUAGUUCCCAGACCAAAUUCAACUUUAUACAUCUAUCUCUCAUUGACCAAAUUAAUCGAAAAUGAUAUACCAGUUUAUGUCAGUGCGAACGGUGUGGUACUUACACCUGGAAAUGGGGAUGGCGUAGUAACCAAAGAAUAUUGGAGAAAAGCAGUUAAGAGAGAUGGGGACAGGAGAAUUGUCGUUUGGGAAAAUGGAGAGGAAAUUCAAAGGGAUGAAGAACAAGGAGAAGAAGGUAUAUGA